AUGGCCAUGUCCAGCCAUUCAAUUCCCACUUCUGACCUCGGCGACCAGGCUUUGAGACAUUUGGAGGUCUUUGAAAAGUAUCAGCGAAAGGGAUCGAAUGGAUUCAGCGAAGCGUCGGAUAUUCAGGUGAGGAAUGUAAAAUACGAUGUGAUGAAUAAAUGGGGUUUUAAGGACACAGAAAAAUUUUUACUGUGGCGGCUUUAAAAAUUGGAAAAAAUGUGAAAUUUUUUUGCGAAUUUUGCCAUGAAAAAGUUUCGUACCUGUUUCUACCGUAGAUGGUAAUGCUUCCACCAAAAAACAAUUUUUUCCGCGCGAAAGCGGCAAAGAUACGGCGAAAAAGGGGUUCACGGUAUGACAGCUCUCCUCAUUUUGCGUACUCUCUCGGCCGCAAAGGUCGUUGAAUAUCUCGGCGGCCCCUGCAAAGAACGAGCUAAAACUUUCAGGCAUUGAAAUAUGAUCCAUACCUGACGUGUGUGCGAAAUUUAAAGAAAAUCUGAGCGUCGAAUUUGGAAGCCUUUCCUCGUAAAAAAAAUCUAAUAUCGACCCAAAAUUUAGUUUGAAAAAACAUUUUUGGGUAUUGAAGUUGGAUGGAUGGGCAACUGAUUUCCAGUUAGUCAUCAUGUCCUUUCCAGAACUCCACUCUCGACUCGAUCCACGGCAGCGAACAGGACCGCGAACUCGGCGCCAGCGUCUACAUUGACCCCGAUGGGUCCUCAAUUUUCAGUCAGUCGGCCGGAAGAAACAGCAACAUUGGCCAAUCCAGGAAGCCCACCACAAAGCCGGACAAAUACUCGCCAAGAUCGGAUGAGAAUUUGGUGGAGCAGAGUGUAUACGAGCAAAAUAUGGGCACCUCAACUUAUGAGACAUCAGCUGAAAGGAUGACUAAAAGUCAGAUCGCACCAAAGGACUUGAACGCCAACUUUGAUUCGAGUUUGGUCAGAAAUAAGGUGGGUUGGAUUCUAAAGAGAUUGGAGGGCGCUUUGUGGCUGAGGAUUGGCUAUUUUGGAGGCUUUGAGGGAUUAAAGAUGUAGUGUAAUAUAAAAAUUGUUGAAAUGGUGCAUUUUAAUAGAGGAAGUGGGGUUUAAGAGAUGGUAUUAGAGUUUCUGAGCUUCUGAAUGCUCUGUGUGUGGAAUAGAAGACUUUUCUAGAGCAGCCAUGCCUAGUAUAAUAUAAUUUUUUGGCCGAGGAUGACUUUUUUUUGUCAAAAAUUUUAUAAAAUCGAAGGGAAAGUAUCAGAAAAUGUUUUUUGGAGAUUACUUUAUCUUUGUGGAGAUUUAUUUUUCUCUAAAAGUGUCCAGAAAGGAUCUUUAUUACCUAAAUUUUCAAUUUAACGUGAUAUUCCCCUCUUUAGGAUGAUUGAUCUCUCGUUUUGAUCGGUUCAAGAUGAUUAACCUUACGCUUGAUUAAUCUCUGAGGUCUUUCUCCUUUAUUUUGUAAAGAAAUCUUUGAGUCCAGAGCCUCUGGAACGGAGUAUUGUGUAAACAAAGGGAUUUUCCUCGUUUUUCAACGGAUUUACUUAAAAAUUCGUUUUUUGUUUUACAUCAAAAAUCAGUUUUUGUGAACUCCAAGGUUGUAAAAAUGAGUUGGCAAGGGGUUUACUUCACUUUAGAGGGGUUAUUAGAGCUUUUUAAUCGAUUUCCUCCGACUUUUCUGAGGGAAAAUAUAAUUUUUCGAAUUUUUUGGGGAUUUCCUGGAGUAAACUUGAUUUUUUCGGGUGGGUAAAUAGUAGCCCAGCCCUCGGGACGUGUUAUAUUAGCAGUUAAAAUCAGGAACACAUGCCUUCUCAAUAACUUUUGGCAGCAUUUCGAAAGAAGAGGCGGAUUGCGGAAAAACUUAUAAAUUUUAUUGAAAAAUGGGCUUGAAUUUUUAUCGUAAUAUUUUUAGAGGGGUGUAAGGAGAAUAUAGAACGAUUUUUUGUUGGAAAUUUCCCGAUUUUUUGUAAAAAAAAAUUUUGAAUUUUUUGGAUUUUUUGAGAUUUUUCAUUUUUUUCUUUUAUUUUUUGAAAAAAAUUGAUAAAAAUGUGAAUUAUGAUGCCCUAAGGUAAUUUACAUAAAAUUGGAACAAAAAAUCGCAUUCAAUCUCCAAUUUUAACCCAGUUUAGGCCAAAAACACCUAAAUUGGCCCUAAAAUAAGGUGGAGGAUGACUAUUUUUAAUCCGCAAUGAGGUCAACACGACCUCAACAACUGACCACUGUCCCCAAAUUGAUGUUUAGCCAAAGGAAUCUCCAAAAAAUGCCACUUUUAUUGGCUUUAGCGCUCGUGCGGCCCCGAAGCCCCGUUUACCUCUCUUUCUUCCUCUCUUCCCACUUCACCUGUUCCGAAAUCCUAUCAAAUUUAUUUUGCAAAGCGAAGCAGAGGGAACGGAGAAGUCUCAGCAAACUUGUUGUUAUUUUUCGGGGUAAAAUACGCCUUGGUGAACGAUAUUUGAUUUUUUUUUCCAAUUUUUGGCCUAAAAUAAUGUUUUUUGGGGAUUUUUUUAUAGAUGUUGCGGUUCUUGAUCGACGAAAUGACUUGUAAACGAAGUUUUUUACCUUGUUGUGUAAUAAAAAGUAAAAGAAUUUGAGAAAAGGCAGACUUUUCGACCUUGUUUUAGCAAAAGGCUAGUGUAAUAUAAAAAGUUUGUAUACCAUUGUGUUUAUGAUUCAGAAACGGCCAAAUAUGAAUUCAUAUUAUAUUUUGAGGGCUUUAAAAAAAUUUUUAAUUAUUUUUUUUUUGUAAAAAAUUCGUAUUUUUCGACCUUAUUUUAGUAAGGUCAAGUGUAAUGUUAUGCAAAAAUUGUGGUAAAUUUGAUGUUUUUAGGUAAUAAGUGUGACGGAAAGGGAUUUUAAAAUGUUUUUGACGCUUUUUUAAAAGUGUAAAGUAAUUAUUUUUUGGGGAAAUAAAAAUAUUUUGACCUUAUUUUAGUGUCUACCUCAAAUUAGUCUCAAUUUUGCUAAUUUUUGAGGUAUAUUUUGGGUGGAAAUUCUGAGAAUUCGAAGUUAAAAUAUGUUAUUAGAUGAUUUUCGAAAUUCCACAUCCAUCAAACCCCUGUUUCGCGCGAUUAUGUCCAAUAAUUCAUCUUUUUGAUUGGUUCUCCCGCCAAAAAUAUGAAAAACGUUUGUUUUUGAUUAUUUUUGCUCGUGAAAUAAAUGAAUUUCGACGUAGCCCGUCUCGUAGUAUCUCUUCCAAAAGUUUUCCCACAAUUUUCUUCCAAUUUAGCAAGAAUUCCGGUGUUUUUUCACCUGAAAAGACUCUUUUCCGCCAAAAAAGUCUUCCGACCCCCUAAACUUUUUUAAUUCCUCUACGAUUCGAGUCGAAAUUGACGGAAAUUCCGUGUAAAUUGGUAAUGUGUCUUGGUUUAGCGUAAAAUGGAAGGUGGGAGUGCUUUGAGGGCGUCUGAUGAUAUUGUACUAGACCAUUAGAAUCCGAAAAUGGAUUUGAAUAUUUUAAAUGAAGAGCAGAUGCUUCCGAGCACCUCGAAAGCUUCUUCCGAUAAGAAGAAGCGGAAACGCGGAAAGUCCGUGGUCGUUAUCCAACGAAUCAUCAUCAAUCAUGAGGUAAAUUCGGGGAAGUUUGGGCGCGAACUGCCGAAAAUUUGAUUUAUGAAAAUGAAUGACUAUAUAGCGGUCAUAAUGAUUAAAUAUUGUGAGUGUGUAAAAUAUAAGUAAAAGUCUGAUUUAAUUCAUUUUUUAUCUGUGUAGGGCGCGAUCUGCCAAGUCAUAUUUAAAAAAAUGAUAACUACAAUUGUAAUAAAGCGUAUACAAUGACGGACCUGAUCCAGUGGCAAAAAACGUAACAUUUUGCAUCAGGAAAGUAUCAAAAGAUGCAGCAAAAUGCCUCCCUCUUCAGGUGAAAAAAUUCCGAUUUCAAAAGCGCGUCCUUCAAAACGAGAUUUUUUCACUUGGGGAGGGAGGUAUUUUGCUACAUUUUUGAUACUUCCCGGAUGCAAAAUGGUACGUUUUUUGCCACUGGAUCAGGUCCCCCACUGUACAGUGUUAGAAGAGUGAAAUUACACCUUUUUAACACUCGAUUUUAGGUAAAUUAGAAGUCUAGGGCGCGAACUGCGCAAAAAAUUUUUGGUGAUUUUGCCCAAUUUUUGAUAUUAUAGCCAAUCCUCAGCCUUGAAAAGAGAAUCUUACAAAUUUGUUGAUGCUUAUAAUUACUUUGCUCUGUAUUUUUAGGAGAUUGAAACUGCACCAUUCCCAACGCCCGUCUCGACCCGUGAAAGCGAGGAAAAAGACAUUUCCCAGGGCAGUGACUCACAAAACUUUGUGACGCCCAGAGAAACGCCGGAAAAGAAUGUCGAACAAUCGAAUGUAUCCCUGCCCGUUGAUCUCAAUUUUAAUCAGGAAGACGACUUUGUGAUUGUCGACAAGUUUGACGAAGAAAAUGGCAAUUUUUCGACCGAACAUGAGCAAAAAAUUGAUGUUGAACUUGAAAAAAGUGAGGGUUCUGGAAAGAGGAAGGAGUUGAGAGAUGAAGCAGAGCCUGAGAAACUCAGAAGAAGCUUGGAAGUCCAGCAUGAGCCGAUUGGAAAAGCUGAGGAGCAAGAUUUCGCCAGGAGUAAGGUCCCGACCAAGUCUAAUAUCGGAAUUAACGCCGUAUCGCCGAAAUCUGACGCCGCGACUCAAGGAGAAGAUGUGUCUAAGCAGACCAGUGAAUUUGAGACCAUGACUGAUAAGAAAUUGACCGAAAGCAUGGCUACCCAAUCAGAAUGUGAGAGAAAACCAGCUAUGAACACGAUGGAAACUUCAACGGACCAUAGCUCAACGGAAAUUGGCCUCCAAACGGUGGAAGAAAGGCGACAAGAAAGCCAAUCCGACACCGGAAUCCAAGUCACGGAGAAUCUGAAUGACAUGUUGAAUGCGUUGGAGAACUGGCUCGAGGAAGCCGAGGACCUAAUGCAUAGCCAAAGAGCCCCAAGCGCCGACCCAAAGGUUUUGAGAGCACAACUUCAAAGCCAUGAUUUGCACAUUAAGUUGGUGGAUGAUAAACAGGAGAGGUAAGGGGGAUGGAUCGAGGAGAUUUAAGGGAUUUUUGGGGGAUAGGAUAUUGUAGGAGGUAAAAAAGAGAAAUUUUGGAAUUUUUUUGUGAUGUAGUUGGUUUUGGUAGGGGAUUUUAGUCUGAAAUGAGGUAGAAAUGAAUAUAGAGGGUUAGAAAGGAGUUUGAGAGAUAAUUGGGGAAAAUUUUGUGAUUUUUUGAUAUCAUUUUUGGCAAAAAAUGAGGAAGUUUGAAUUUUUUUAUAUUGCACUUUGUUUGAGAGCUUGGAUUGGGCUCAUAAUCUAGCCCAGACCCUGUGAGAGCGAUGUGAAAGAAUUAUAAUGAUAUUGAAGCAAAAAUCUCGGGAAUUUUUUAUAUUGCUAUAGGCAAAAGACGAAAUUUUUAAUUUUUUCGAUAUUGCACUAGAUUUUGAAACACAAAUUCACUUUAUAUACCCAGAAUAAGGUAUCUAGAUAAUUUCUGAACAUAUUUUGUAUUGAUUAGUCCCGUCACACAGCCGCACCUACACCUACGAAAGCCCUCUUUGCUUUGGGAGCCCCCCGAAAAGACCUAAUGAGAUAAGGGAUCUGUCGGACAGUCCGCGAAAAUAUACCUUAAGCCCAAUUGAUUUCGCUGCAAGAAAGUCGUAUCUAAAGGGAAAGUCAAUUUUGGGAAUUUAGAGGGAGUUUUUAUGUUGUACUAGAGAUUAAUGGGGAUUUUGAGAUUUUUUUGGGUUUGGGGGUGGAAUUUAGAGCGGUAAAGGUUUGAUAGCCCUACAGUAUGUUUUAGAGCGCAUUUACAACAGAUUUAGAACUAUUUUUUGGAGAGUAAAAUACGCCUUUUAACAUUAUUGUAUAAAUUUUAGGGACAGUUUUGAUAUUUUUACAUAAUUUUUGCGAUUUUCGGGAUUUUAUUUGAAACUUUUGUACCCGAAAAGUUAGUAAAACACUUGAUUGCACAGUACAUCCCGUUUUCAAUAGAUUUUUUUGUCGGAAAUUUCAUCAUCAUGACUAAUUUUCUACAAUUUUUUUUUAUUUUUCACGAUUUUUUCUUUUUUUAAUUUUUGAUUUGAUGAAACAAAAAAAAUUGUUGUCAAAAAUACAAGAGGACUGUUUUUUAUUCAUAAUACCAUUUUUUCUGAAAUUUCACACCAAAAUUUUCCAGUAUCACCAAGUUCCUUCGGAUGGUCGACCAGCAAAACGCCGACCAUCUCCGAGAAGUCGCCAAUUCAAUCGACGCCCGAUAUUUGUCGCUGAUCCGAGGAGUCCACGAAAGACGCCAGAACCUCUCGGACGCACUUUGUCUGGCCGAAGAUUUCCAUCAAUUGGCCGGCCCAUUACGGCAAUGGGUCGAUGAAACAACCAAAAAAAUCUCCCAAUUGUGCAAAGUGGUGACAACUCCAGAGGAAAUUGAGAGAAAUCUGAUCAAACAAGAGCAGUUACAGGUGAGACAGGGAGUUUGGAGAGUGGGAAAAUGAGAUUUAAAAAAAUUUUUUUGAUUUUUGAAAUUUUUUUUGGCAAAAUUGUAGUUUUUUGAUCAAAAAGGGUAAAAGUUGAUGGAUUAAGAGCCCAGAAGCAUUUUUUCGCAACUAAAAAAAAAUUAAAAACAGUACAGUGGACCUGAUCCAAUGGCAAAAUAUGGUAGAUUUUGGGAGUAGAACAGAGAGAUUUUUUGAUAAAUUUCCAAUUUCAAAAGCUACAUUACAGUGACGGACCUGGUCCAGUGGCAAAAAAACGUACCAUUUAGCAUCCGGGAAGUAUCAAAAAAUGUAGCAAAAUACCUCCUUCUCCAAAUGAAAGCACUCCGUUUUGAAGGGCGCGCUUUUGAAAUUGGAGCGUUUUCACUUGGAGAGGGAGGUAUUUUGCAACAUUUUUUGUUACUUCCCGGAUGCAAAUGGUACGUUUUUUUGCCUCUGGAUCAGGUCCGCCACUGUACUAUAGCUUUUGAAAUUCGAAAUUUAUCGAAAAAUCUCGAAAUUUAAAAUCACUUCUUGUAUGUUCUACUCCCCAAAUCGAGUAUAUUUCUCCGUUUUCAGGCCGAAAUUGAUGGAAAACGCGAGCGCUUCGACGAACUCGUCGGUCUUUAUGUUGAACUUGGGAAAUUCGUUGGGUCUGAUGACGAAAACGAACUGGACGCUCAAGUUCGCAACCUCACCACGCACUACGACGCCCUGGGCCAGCGCUGUCUCAACUGCGGAUCGGCGUUGCGCAAUUUCAGCCAAGACAUGUGUAAUUUCCUGGCGGAUUCCGACGAAUUGGCCGAAUGGUUGACUCAAGUGGAAGAUGAGUUCGAACAAAUGGAACAAAUGCCACUGGACAGCGAGCAAUUGGUCAGAAUUAGCGAGGACUUCUCGGUAGGUUUAGAGAGGAAGUCAUUUGGGUCAACAGAAGGAAAUUUGAGGGGUUUUUGGAGGAUUGGGACAUUAUAGUAGUUAAAAAAUGAAAUUUUUGGGGAUUUCUGGAUAUUAGACUCGAAUUUAAUUGUAAAUAUAGCUUUUUUGAGAAAGCUAGAGACAAAUAAAGAAGUUGUCGCAGCAUUUCAUAGCGUUUUUUAGCUUGAGACAUCAUUUUUUCAAUUGUAAUAUAGCUAGUCUACUAUAAUAUAAAUUUUCGCUUUCAGGAGCUCGCCCAAGCCAUCAAUGAACGCCAAGCGACCGUCUUGCGCAUUGUUGAUGAAUCCCGCGAACUUUGCGCCCACACUUCUGGCUCGGAAGCGAUGCAAAUGUCCGCCCGAAUCGACCGACUUCAGUCCAGGUACAACGAGCUUUUGAACCAGUCCAUGAAACGGAUCGACGUCCUCGCCAAAGCCAUUCAAAUCUCAAACGAACUCACGGAGAUGGUGGAACAAUCGGAGGAGUUUCUGGACGAAUGCGACGACGCGUUCUACCUUUUGGACGAGGUUUCCGUCGACGAGCAGAUCGAGACCCUGGUCGAGCUGGAGAAGAUGCUCGAAAACAACGCCGAGUUGGUGCAGGAGGUCGAAAAAGUCUCCAUGGAGUUAAGAUCGUUGACUAAAGGAGCCGACGAGGUCGAAUUGAUCAAGCGCUCGGACGAAUUGAGGGAACGAUUCGCGGCCGUCAGAGCUCUAAUCGACGAGAGAUUGCGUCGAAUUCAGAACGCCGACCAAGCCCAACGCGAAACCUUUAGCGCCGUCGACUAUUGGCUGGAAUUCUUUGAGGAUUCGCUGGCGCAAAUUGUCGAUUCCGAGCAACCACCCGCCGACCUGGACCAGCUGAAGGAGCUGUGUCUAGAACAACGUGCCCUCAACGAGAGAGUCGCCUCAGAACGCGCCGGGGUCCGCGAUUUGAUCGCGGAAGCCCAACGUGUCACGAGAGACGAGAAUCUAAGCCUGGGACUCGAAAACAACCAGAUCAACGCCAAAAUUGAUCGACUCAGACGACUCGUGGAGGAGGCCGCCAAGGCCGGAGCGGAAAGGCUUGCAAUCCUAGAACAAACCGCUGAACUCUGCAAGGAAUUGGUCCCGGAAUACGAGCAAAUCAAUGAGGAACUGGAGCGCCUGGAGACCGAGUUCCAAAACUGCACCGAAAUCAACACAGCCAUGCCGCAAAACGAGCUCCGACAACAGCAAAUCCACAACAACCAAAUGCUUCAGACCCUGCAGAAUGAGCGCAAAAAUCUCUCGAAAUUCGAACGAAAUAUCGACUCGGUUUCGGAGCUGUGCAACCCACAAGACGCCGCACAUCUUCGACAUUUGUGCGAUCAACUCUUGGACAGACAUAAGGAAGUUUCAGAGGCAUUCCGAUCAAGAGGCGCAGCUCUCGACUUGACCGUGGAAAAGUCCGCCGAUCUCGGCGACAGAAUCGACACCUUCCUCAUGAGCAUGGAGAAUGCGUUGACGAUCCUCAGGAACCCCGAUUCAAUUGCGGCCAGACCGAAUGUACUGCGGAGACAGAUCGAAGACAACAUUAACAGUCAUGUGUCGUGGAAACAGAAAGAACCAAUCAUGCUGGCGAUUAGAGCAGCCACAAUCGAAGCACUAGCACGAAGUCAGGGAAAUCACAUCGUGGAGGAAGGUAUGAGAGAGGUUUUACAUGGUUUUGGAGGAGAUAAGGGGGUCUAUGGGAGUUUUAUAUUACACAUGGUGAAGGUCAUGGAUGAUUUAAAAAUUUUAAUGUUAAUGGAAUGCAAGUUCGGGAAAUCAUAGAUAAUUAUUGUACAUAUGACAAAAGCGUCAUUUAAAGAGCUUUUGAGGAGCACAGGAGGAAAGAUAGGUCGAAAUUUUAUAUUAUUCAUGACCUGCAUCAUGGAUAAUAUAAAAUUUUGAUCUUAAACGCCACAAAAUCGGCGGAUUUAUAGAUCGUCUGAUAGAAGAACAAACUAGCUUCAUUUUGACAUGUUGUGGAGAGUAUACCAUUCAGUUUCAACCAAAAUUUUAUAUUAUCCAUGACCACAUUCAAGUAUAAUAUAAAAUUGUGGGGUUUGACUCAAAAACCAGGUAAAUAUACGUAUUUUUAGGCUUAUCCCGAAAGCUCCAAGCCCUGGACGAGUAUUGGUUCGAACUUCACAACGUUCACGGCAGUCGCGACCUCGUUUUGUGCGAAACUUUACCAAUCGCCGAGACUUUCUGGCAGUCGGCGCAAAACUGCCAACAACUCUUCAAAAAACAACGAGCAGACCUUGUUACCUUCAACGAAUCUGGUCUAUAUUCAUCAACGUUGGAUUUGCGGAAUCAAUUCGCCCGCCAGGUUCAACAGGGACUGCAGGCGGCGGAGCUUCAGUUUGCUCAAGUUCACACCUACGCUCAAGAAUUGCUGAGCCGAGUUGGCGACGAAGAGAAGUCAUUCGUCGAGCAGCAACUGUUCACAUUGAACAAUGAGUGGCAAUGGCUCAAAAACACCAGCGGCGAACGACAAACCCGGAUGGGAACCGCGCAGGAUGUGGUAAGGAUGUUGUAGUAGAUAAAAGAAAAAAUGUGGAAAAAACAAAUAAAAUAGGGGAAAAUAGAAGAUUUCUGCUGAUGCAGAAGAUGUAACAAGAAUGAUUAUGCAAUAUUCUGGCAGUUGGAAGAAAAAUUUGGCAAAAAAUUAGGUCUCGAAUAUUGUACUAGGCAAAAGUGGAAAAAUCAAAGAAAUUUUGAUGAAAGAUCCUGAAAAUUGAGGGUUUAUAGCAUGGAAAAGGUGCAAUAAACAAUAAAGCAUUAUUUUCAAUCAAUUAGAAUGUAGAAAAAUGUCUAAAAUACCUAAAAACAUCAAAAUUUCUCAAGGAUAAUAUCGAAAAUUGAUGGAAAUUGAAGAAAUCAAAUGAAAAGGUUGAAUGUUGGUCAAAACUUUGACUGAACACCUCAUGCUACACCUUGAAAAUAAUUUUUGACAUCAAAAACUCGGUAUCACAAACAAUUUUUUGUAAAAUUCAGUAAUCGCGACGGAUUUUUUGGAACCCCCAAAAAUAUUUUUUGGACAAAAAGUUGUUCACAAUUUUUUCGUAUCGGUCGCUCAAGCCCUCUUAUAUUGUCGAGUAGAUCGAAACGAAUGCCCAAAUUCCUAAAAUUAUUUUCUUGUGUGACACCAGCAAGAAAAGCGGGAUUUCUCGUCCAUAGCGUCCGAAAAAUCCCGUUACCAGAGAGCUUGGUAAAGGUAAAAUUAUGUGGUUUUUAGUAUGUUUGAUAGAGGAGACUUUGUUCUUUCUGUCGGUAGAUGUUCCCCCCCCCAAAAAAAUUAAUAUUUUUGGGUUUUUUUGGAGUUUUUUGGUUUAGGACUAAUGCUUGCCUAAAAUAAGGUCGGGAAUGCCGAAAAAGAAGGUUAUUACCUCAAAUUGUUGCGUGAAAAAUGGUUAUUAUGUGAUUUCAGUCUCAACAAUUUUAUCAGCAAUCGGAUGCAAUCCGAAGAUGGCUCUCCCACGCCGAAAAUCAGCUCCAGAACAUCCCGGAACAACUCCCAUCGACCGGAGAGGCAAUCCGCAACGAAAUGGAUAGGCUGAAGGUGUUGAGAAACGAAGCCAACGACCAAAAGAUUUGCAUGAAUGAAUUGGUCCAAUUAGCGAGGGAUCUGUGCACUUAUGCGCAACCGCAACAGGCAAGUAUAAUAUAAUUUUUGUUGAAUUUUGUUGGAUUUUAGGCUUUUAUCGAGCAAAUGAGGCUUACUGUUCCGUAUUUUAGGCUCAAAAGAUCACGGAUCAGAUCAGCCAGCUUGACCUGAGGUUCAAUAGGAUCUACGCACUCCUUGCAAAUCAUCAAAGAAGAUUCGAGCAAGCGUUGUUAUCCGGCGGAAACUUUGAUCAGCUCUUCGACGAGCUCUCAAUUUGGCUAAAGGAUGCGCAAAGGACCUUCGAAGCCAUCGAUGCAAAUGUGGAGGAGCCGAAGAGAAUUGAAGUGGAAUUGACCAAAAUAAGCGCAUUGAGGAAGGAUAUCGCCGCGCAUGUCCCAAGUUUUGAUGAAUUGGAGAAGUAGGUGGAGUGAUUGAACAAUGAAACUGAUUUUGGAGGAGUUUUGGAAAAAAUUUUAUAUUGUGGUAGUCAAAAUGUGAAUUUUGAUGAUUUCUUCCAGUUUUUGGAUAUUUUUUUGGCGUCUUUUGGUUUUUUAAGAUGCCAAAUGGUUUUUUCGGCGAUUUACUUUUUGGUUUUGAUGUUUUAAGAUGAAAAUUAUAUUGUAGUAAGUAAAAUUUGGGAUUUUUUGAAAAUUUUUUAAAAUUUUUUGUGGUUUUAGGUCCGGAAAUGAACUCAUCCAUGCUGAUCCUAACGCCCUGAUCACCAUUCAACCAAAACUUGAUCCCCUUAUGGCCAAAUGGAACCGUCUCAGCGCCAAAUCCGAAGAGGCCCUCAAAAAAUUGGAGGACGCGAAAAAUGACGCCAAUUCCCGAAGAUCCCGGUUUGACAAGUGGAGAAUGUACCUGGAAGAUCUGGCUCAACAAGCCCAACUCGCCAAGCCAGUCGGAGCACUCGUUGAGACGGUACAAAGUCAGCUGAACGACCUGCGAAAUUUGGCUCAAGAUUUGAAUGAAAAGGAGAACGUUUUCAAGCGAGAACUCAACGAUGCGGUCGCUAAAAAGGCCGAGCCUUUGGAGACAUUAACGCAAUUGGAUGGAGAAUACAGUGGAUUGCAGGAGAAGCUGAUUGCGCGACAGACUCAGCUGGAAAAAGCGCUGGAACAAGCGGUACAGCUCGAAAAUCAACUGGAAAACCUAAAUAAGUGGAGUUCGAGUGCUGAAAAAGCGUUGGCAAAUCAGCCGUUGUUCUCGAGACGCCCGGACAAGCUGGAAAAAGCUUUGGAGGAACAGAAGGCAUUUGUGGAAGAGGUUGCGGAACAAAAAUUGAAGCUCAAAGAUCUGACGCAAGCUUCAACCAAGGUCCAGUUUAAAUGCGAUAAAAAAGAUGGAAUUUAUGUGAAGAAUCAAGUGGUUACGUUGAAGAAUAAGAUUGAGAAGAUAUCACAGAAUGCAAAUGAACGGGCGAAGGGUAAGGAGUUGAGAGAUUUGGGGGUUAAGGGGAUAAAUUUUGAUUUGGAGGUCUGGUAGGCAAGGAGAAUAUAAUUUUGGUCGAAGGUUGGGGAUUUUGGAUGUAAAAUGAAGUGGGUUUUAUAGAGUGGGCUAGAAUCUGUGGUUGCGAAGGUGAUCUGGCUAUUUAUAAAGGUGAUAUAAUAGAGAUUUGACCUUUUAUUUUGUUGCUAUGGAUGAUAUAAUUUUUAUCGAAAAUGAGAAAAGUUUGAUCUGAAAUGUGUUUUAAUCGAUAGAUUGAGUUAUAGUAUAGAGUUUAAAAGCGUUUUUGAGAAGUAAGAAGUUUCAAAAAACAUGAAUUUUGAACUCUUUUUUGUCAUGGAGAACAUAAUUUUUGUUCAAAAAUUGAGUUUUUGGGGCUGAAAUUGUUUCAAAUAGAGUUUUUUUUUUGUAGGAUAGAAGGAUUAAACAGGUUUUGGUAAAGAAUCCAUCGGUAAAUUAUGUUAUCCAUGACAAAAAAUUGGUCAUUCAUAACAUAAAUUUUGCAAAUUUUUUUUAGGUUUUGAUAAAUUGGGCACUUUUAGGUCGUUAAAGAUUUAUUACUGAUGAAUAUUAUCAUUUUUAGGCAUGGAAACGGCCUUGGCCGAGACGCAGAGCUACCUAACUGAUGCCCAAUCUCUCUCCGAUUGGAUCCACGCCGAAGGCCAACGCCUCACCAACGAUCCAAUCGAAGCCACCGCCGACCGAAUCCGACUCCAAGUUGAGCAGCAUCGCCAGUUCACGGAAGAAAUCAAGGCCCGUCAAGAGACCUUGGACAUUAUCCAUGGCGCUGGCCAAGUCUUGUCCGAAAGAGCCCCCAAAGAAGACAAAAAAUGGUUCAAUCAACAGAACGCGAACCUAAAACAAGCCUGGACUGGACUGAAUCAGCUAGCCAACCGAAGAAAUAAGGAGCUGGAGGAGAGUUUGGCCGCCUCAGGGCAAUUUGAAGACGGCCUGGCCAAAUUGGUCGACUGGCUGGACGAAAACUUGCCGGGAAUCGAAAAAGAAUUGGACGAAAACAGAUUUGGAGGCGACAUGGAGACUCUGCAUAGGCUGGUCAUGGAGAAUAAGGAGCUAGAAACUCAGUUGGAGCAGAAAAGAAAACCACUGGAGAUAGUAAGGAGAAGGUCGAUGGAAAUCCUCGCUGAAGCUGAUACCGAGGAAGCAAACAAGGUGAAAGAGAAAAUAGAUGAAUUGGAGAGCAAAUGGGACAAGCUGGAAGCAGCUCUGAAGGAGAAGGUAGGAAUUAUAAGGAGUUUUGGAUAUUGUUUUAGGUUAGAGGGCAGGAAGAAAAAAAAAUAUUUUUUUGUGUGAAAGUGGAUGAAGAUGAGAGGGUUUUGGGGUUAGAGGUGAAGAAAAUGAAAGAAUAAUUGUGAUUGGGAGGGUAUUUUUGGGUUGGAGACAUUGAUUUUUUGGUUUGGAGGGAAAUUUAUGUUGUAGUAGGUGAGGCGGAAAAAACGGAAAAUUUUCGAUGAAAUUCUUUGAGUUUUUGAUUGGAAAUGGUUGAAAAAGGAAGAUUAUGAGUUGAGAAAAAGAAUUGGAUGAUGGAAAAAAAGUUGGGGCGUUUUUUUGACAUUAAUUUAUAUUGUUGUAGGCAAAAUUGGAAAUUUUUUUGUUUUUUGUGGAAUUUUGACGCGGUUUUUGUUGGAAGUUGAUGGAAAAGGAGACUAAGUGACUUUUCAGACAUUUUUUAAAAAUUUUGUGAGGAUUAGCAUUUUUUGAAAACAUAAAUUUUGAGAUUUUUUGCUAAUUUUUUGCAUUUUUUCAGGAAAAACGUCUCAACUCCGGCCUGGAAGAAGCUGUCGACCUCUCCGAGUCGGCACGAGAACUGAACGAAGCCCUCACUGAAAUCGAAUCCCGAAUCCGCCGCGAGACCAGCCAGACAACGGACGAUGAAGAGAAUUCGAGAUUGGCUCUGGAGCAUCUCGAAAAAAUCAAAUCGGACAUGGAGAACGAAGCCGAGCUCUACAACAAAGUUCAAGGCCUCAUCCAGACGAUUCAACCCGUUGCCCACCCAAAGGCUCAAGAGAAUUUGCAAUUUUUGGCGGCGCAGGCCGGCGAACGAUGGGAUCAGGUGGCUGGUUUGCUGGAAGAACGCCUCAAACACGCCGAAGAGCACUUUGGAAUCCUCAAAGAACACGAUCAAGCCCUCGAAAAGUACAGCAGAUUCGCGGAGAAUGCGGAGAAACUCCUGGCGGAGACACAAAAUGCCUCGGGGCACGCGGAAAAUCUCGAGGAAAUCGUGGAAUUGAUCAUGAAACAUGAUGAGUUCAAACGAGCCCUCAGGGAAGAGCAGCCGAAAAUCGAAAAGGUCGUGGAAGUGGGCCAAGGCACGCAGAAAAUGUCGAGCGAAGUGAAGCCACCACCGAAGCGGAUUCAACAGCGAUUCGCGCGAAGCGGCGGAGCCAAGAGAUUGCUCAGCUCCGGAGAGAAAAAGAAGUGAGUUGGAGAGGACUUGAAGAACAGAGAGGAGGAUUUUUCGGAUUUUCGAGAGAAUAGAGAGUAUCUCUCAAUCCCUUCUAUAGAGUAUAGAAGGGAUUGAGAGAAAGUUUCGACAGGCUUGAGGAGGAUUUUUCGGAUUUUUGAGAGGUUUUUUAUAUUGUAGUAGGUGAAAGUUGAGGGUUUUGAAAAUUUUGAGGAUUUUCUCCAAUUUUUUUGGUUUGAAAUGGCUGAAAUAAAAAUAUUAUGGGUUUUUUGGGUCUUAGAGAUGGGCUUGGCGAUUUUUUCGACCAUUUUUUAUAUUAUACUAGGUGAAAUAGAUGAUUUCAAAAAAAAUUUUUGUCAAUUUUUUGGUGUAAACUGACGUUUAAAGGUUGAAAUACGAAGUGUAAGGGCAAUUUAAAAUAUUUUGGGCCAUUUUAAAAGGUUUUUUGGAGUCGAUUUUGUAUUAUACUUGGUAAAAAAUUUUUGACUUUUUGACGAUUUUUGGGUAUUUUUUGUUUGAAAUGGUAGGAAUUGAUGUAAAAAUGAAGAAUUAGACAUUUACAGAUAUUUUUGGAGCGAUUUUUUGCUCGAAUUUUUACGAUUUUUCGAAAAUUUUAUUAUUUUUUUUUUAUUUUCAGCCCCAGAACCAAGCGCCAACGCCGCACCGACCAACUGGAACAGCGAUGGCAGAACGUGUGGAACAACGCCAUCGAGCUGGAAGAGGAACUCAAGGCGCGCCGAGCCCGCAUCGAAGAGCUCCAACGACUGGAAGGCUUCACCUUUGCCGAUUGGAGGGACCGUUACAUCAAAUGGAUGGACACCACGAAGGCAAGACACUCUGAUCUGUUCAGACAGAUUGACAAAACUGGGCAGGGCCAGGUGCCCAGAGAGGAAUUCAUUGAAGGAGUUUUGAAGUCGAGGUUCCCAACUACAAGAUUGGAGAUGGAGAAGGUGGCGGAUCAGUUCGAUCGCGACGGAAUGAUAUCGUCCAGAGAAUUUGCGAACUCUCUGAGAUAUGUGGACACGAAAAAGGUGAGUUGAAGGGGGUUUGGGCGGUUUUUGAGAGAUUUUUUAUAUUCACCAUGAGAAAAAUUUAAAUUUUUUUCGGUUUUUGGGGUAAUGAGCUAAGGAAUGGAUGUUAGAGUGUUUUUAGGACAGAUUGGAGGAGAUGGCGCCUUUAAAUUGAGGUUAGAAGCAAUUUUGGGAACUUUUUUGAUAUUAAUUUAUAUUAUUCAUGGGGAUUUUUUGGUACUUCUUUUUUGAAUUUUUUAUGGCAAAAAUAAUUUUUUAUAUGUUUAGCACCGUCUGCCCGCUGUUCCCGGCCCUUCUGCCACUCCCAGACGUCAAAUUCCAGUCCCGUUAAGGAAGUCCCCAACCCAGAUCAAGGUGGACAAGGAGAAGAUUGCAACCGAGAUCAAAAAAGAAAGCCAAAUGUGCAAAUGCAACGACCACUUCAAGGUAUGA